AUGAAUCAACAAAUUUCUUCUUCUGCAUAUUUAUUUAGAUAUGGUCCAUUCAUGAACCAAAAAAACAUUCUUCUUAACCAUGAAGAAGGCGGUUUAUUAAUAGGUCGUUGUUCAUCCGUUUCUCUGCCCUCACAAUAUGUAAGUCGUAAUCAUAUUAAAAUCUGGUGGAGCGAAGGAAAAUGGUUUAUAACCGACUUAAAUUCUUUUAAUGGAACAUUUAUUUAUCAAAACGAAAGUGAAGUUCGGUUGAAUCCAAACGAAAUUGUUGAAAUAUUCGAUGGAGCUAUAAUAGGAUUUGGUUUCUAUCCAUCGGUUUGGUGUAAACAUGAGAAUAAUAUCAACAAUCCAGAAUAUUUUGUAUACCAAUUACAAAACAGCAGAUCGUUAGAAAUUAACGAACUUUGUGAUGCUUUCGCAAUGCAGGUUCGCCUGGAAUCUUAACAGUAAACUGUCGAUAAUCUUUAUUCCUUGAAAAAAUUAGCUGAAAAUAAUUAAAUAGUUUAAAAAGAAUUUAAAAGAAUUGCUUUUUUUGUAUUUUAUCGAUAACUCUCGAUGUCACUUUCUUUUUAUUUCUGACUUUUCUUGUUCUCACUACUUUAUACUUAAACUAAACCUUAAUAUUCAAAUGUUUAUGAAACUCGAAGUACAUGAAUAAAAAAUCUUUUAUUUUCAUAUCCAUGUUUAACUUACAACUAAUAUCUUAUACAAUGUUUUCUUUUUACAGUUUUUUUAAUUGACUUACUACUCGUUAAAUAGCUAAUUCGAUCGAAAGUGGAAACCUCUGCAAAGCUUGUUUGUCUCCAUUCAAAGCU